AAAAAGAACAAACGAAACGCUUCCACGCAACCAAGAGUCCGUUGACUCAGCCUGUGAACUGUCAAACGUGAUAUUUGUUGUGCAAAUAAUAUCGAAAGAACGCCUUGAAAGGGUAUAAACAAUGUUAAAACCUAAAGCACUUACGCAUGUUCUCAGUCAGGCGAAUACAGGGGGCGUUGAAAACACACUGCUACUUAGUAGGGACGGAGGGCUUCUUGCCUACAGCGGAUAUGGAGAUAAAGAUGCCAGAGUCACUGCUGCGAUAACGAGCAACAUUUGGUCAGCUUAUGAAAAGAAUGGUCGUAAUGCCUUCAAGGAAGACGAACUGCAAUUUAUCCUGAUGGACUGCAUGGAGGGUAAGGUCGUUGUCACAGAAGUGGCAAAUCUGCUGCUUUGUCUUUACGCCAAAGAAAAUGUGGGAUUCGGCCUUCUUCGAGAAAAGGCACAAGCUCUUGCUAAGUACCUGGAUCAACCGUUGAAAACGAUAGCCAGUAUGCCAUGAUGAAGGGAAAUUGAAGUAAUCGAAUAACAAGAGUAUUCUUUCACUUUCAUCCUGUUACUCUACUACUAUUAUUAUUAUUAUUAUUAUUAUUAUUAUUAUUGAUAUUGUUAUUACGAUUUUUUCAUCAGAUUUCGUAAUUUGUAAUUCCGCCUGUACAUACCAAACAAUAUAUUAUAUUUAUAAAAAAAUCAAUGACUUUUAAAGGUUUGCCAAUACAUCAUCAGUUUACAAUUUCUUAACUACUCAACCUCUGUUGUAUAAUUAUUAUUACUAUUGUUUAUCCAUAUCUGAAUUUCAGCAAGUCUCAGUCAGUCAUCUUAUAUCCAUCUUUGGUACAUCACGUUUUCUUUUUAAUAUCAAUAUAAAACAUCAUUGCACAGGUCUAAUGUGGUUGUAAGAUAAUUAUAUUUUAUACUAAUUAUAAAUGAGGGAACACAUACGAUUGUCAAAUGAACCAUUUGUUUAUUACAAAUUUUGUAAGUGAUACGAAUAUUUAUGCUUACAUUUUGUUACACCACAUAUCCGUAUGUAUAGAAUAGUACGAUAUCAAUAAUGCUCUGUGAUUGCUAUUCGUUAUAACUUCAUACCUUUGAAAAAAAAAAAAAAAAAAGAAUAUUGAUUAAACACUGUCGAAACUUUGAUC